AUGACUCGAGAUAUAGUGAUUGGAGAUGAACUACCUGACUGGGUGGGAGCCAAGGAGUUCUACCAGAAAUAUGACCCAAAAGAGGUGAUUGGCAGGUGAGUUACUGAGUCACACACCACACAAGAAUAGAUCCAAAGCACAUUAUAGUCCAGCGGCUAAGUGUCACAUUUUAGGGGGAUUGUGGCUUUUGUGAUAGAGGCACCAAAUUUCACAUACAUAUUGGACAGGAGUCACAUGGCCAUAUCGCCAUAAAUAAUAGGUAGACACAGCCCAGUGAUGGCUUAAAAUGUUUGAGAUGGUGUGGAGAACACAAUACAAUUGCUGAAAUAUGCCAUAUACAGAUGAGUGUACAAAACAUUAGGAACACCAUCCUAAUAUUGAGUUGCACCCCCUUUUGCCCUCACGCCAGCCUCAGUUUGUCAGGGCGGUGAGGUGAAGAAAGCGUUCGACAGGGAUGCUGGCCCAUGUUUAUUCCAAUGCUUCCCACAGUUGUCAAGUUGACUGGAUGGCCUUUGGGUGGUGGACCAUUCUUGAUACACACGGGAAACUGUUGAGCGUGAAAAACCCAGCAACGUUGCGGUUCUUGACGCACUCAAACUGAUGCGGCUGGCACCUACUACCGUUUAAAGGCACUUAAAUAUCCUUCUAAAAAUCCUUCUUUAACCUGUCUUCACCCCUUAAUCUACACUAAUUGAAGUGUAUUUAACAAGUGACAUCAAUAAGGCAUCAUAGCUUUCACCUGGAUUCACCUGGUCAGUCUAUGUCAUGGAAAGAGCAGGUGUUGUGUAACCAACGAUUAUGGAUGAAGACUGUGAAUAAAAUAACCAUUCUAAUACAUACAUUUUAGAAAAUAUUUGUAAUACAUUUAUUUUUAAGUAAAUAUAUCCAAUAUACCCAAUAGCAGUAGUGUAAAUGAAUUAUUUACAUUUGAGUCAUUUAGCAGACGCUCUUAUCCAGAGCAACUUACAGUUAAUAUACAUUUUUCAUACUGGCCCCCCGUGGGAAUCAAACCCACAACCCUGGCGUUGCAAAUGCCAUGCUCUACCAACUGAGCUACACGGGGGCAAUUGUUAUUAUUAUUAACAAUUGCGUUUCUACCUUAAUCCGUAGUAUGCAUAGUGCUCUGGCUCAGUGGCAUCAUUUCAGCUAAACCUAGGUUUUUUUUAUAAAAUUGAAGCUCAUUUACUGCACAGCAAAAACAAGCAGAAUUGACUCCAGUCACCUUGUUGCUGUAGCUUCAUUCACCUCAUUCUACAAACACGUCAUACAAGAAUUAGCAGCUAUGCACUAGCUCAGCACCGGGAUUUAACACUUUAGUUUAGUUUCAUGUCAAGUCAAACAGCAGUUACAGUGGCUUGCGAAAGUAUUCACCCCCUUGGCAUUUUUCCUAUUUUGUUGCCUUACAGCCUGGAAUUAAAAUGGAUUCUUUGGGGGUUUGUAUAAUUUGAUUUACAUGCCUACCGCUUUGAAGAUGCAAAAUCUUUUUUUGUGUGAAACAAACAAGAAAUAAGACCAAAAAAAAGAACUUGAGCGUGCAUAACUAACUAUACUUUGUAGAGCCACCUUUUGCAGCAAUUACAGCUGCAAGUCUCUUGGGGUAUGUCUCUAUAAGCUUGGCACAUCUAGUAACUGGGAUUUUUGCCCAUUCUUCAAGGCAAAACUGCUCCAGAUCCUUCAAGUUGGAUGGGUUCCGCUGGUGUACAGCAAUCUUUAAGUCAUACCACAGAUUCUCAAUUGGAUUGAGGUCUGGGUUUUGACUAGGCCAUUCCAAGACAUUUAAAUGUUUCCCCUUAAACCACUCGAGUUUUGCUUUAGCAGUAUGCUUAGGGUCAUUGUCCUGCUGGAAGGUGAACCUCCGUCCCAGUCUCAAAUCUCUGGAAGACUGAAACAGGUUUCCCUCAAUAAUUUCCCUGUAUUUAGCGCCAUCCAUUAUUCCUUCAAUUCUGACCAGUUUCCCAGUCCCUGCCGAUGGAAAACAUCCGCACAGCAUGAUGCUGCCACCACCAUGCUUCACUGUGGGGAUGGUGUUCUCGGGGUGAUGAGAGGUGUUGGGUUUGCACCAGACAUAGCGUUUUCCUUGAUGGCCAAAAAGCUCAAUUUUAGUCUCAUUUGACCAGAGUACCUUCUUCCAUAUGUUUUGGGAGUCUCCCACAUGGCUUUUGGCAAACACCAAACGUGUUUGCUUAUUUUUAUCUUUAAGCAAUGGCUUUUUUCUGGCCACUCUUCCGUAAAGCCCAGCUCUGUGGAGUGUACGGCUUAAAGUGGUCCUAUGGACAGAUACUCCAAUCUCCGCUGUGGAGCUUUGCAGCUCCUUCAGGGUUAUCUUUGGUCUCUUUGUUGCCUCUGAUUAAUGCCCUCCUUGCCUGGUCUGUGAGUUUUGGUGGGCGGCCCUCUCUUGGCAGGUUUGUUGUGGUGCCGUAUUCUUUAAAUUUUUUAAUAAUCAAAUCAAAUUUUAUUGGCCACAUGCGCCGAAUACAACAGGUGCAGACAUUACAGUGAAAUGCUUACUUACAGCCCUUAACCAACAGUGCAUUUAUUUUUAAUAAAAAAGUAAAAUAAAACGACAACAAAAAAGUGUUGAGAAAGAAAGAGCAGAAGUAAAAUAAAAUAACAGUAGGGAGGCUAUAUAUACAGGGGGGUACCGGUGCAGAGUCAAUGUGCGGGGGCACCGGCUAAUUGAGGUAGUUGAAGUAAUAUGUACAUGUGGGUAGAGUUAAAGUGACUAUGCAUAAAUAAUUAACAGAGUAGCAGCAGCGUAAAAAGAUAAGAUGGGGUGGGGGGUGGGGGGGGCAGUGCAAAUAGUCCGGGUAGCCAUGAUUAGCUGUUCAGGAGACUUAUGGCUUGGGGGUAGAAGCUGUUGAGAAGUCUUUUGGACCUAGACUUGGCACUCCGGUACCGCUUGCCGUGCGGUAGCAGAGAGAACAGUCUAUGACUAGGGUGGCUUUGACAAUUUUGAGGGCCUUCCUCUGACACCGCCUGGUAUAGAGGUCCUGGAUGGCAGGAAGCUUGGCUCCAGUGAUGUACUGGGUCGUACGCACUACCCUCUGUAGUGCCUACAAUAAUGGGAUGUUCAAAGUUUCAGAUAUUUUUUAUAACCCAACCCUGAUCUGUACUUCUCCACAACUUUGUCCCUGAUCUGUUUGGAGAGCUCCUUGGUCUUCAUGGUGCCGCUUGCUUGGUGGUGCCCCUUGCUUAGUGGUGUUGCAGACUCUGUGGCCUUUCAGAACAGGUGUAUAUAUACUGAGAUCAUGUGACAGAUUAUGUGACACUUAGAUUGCACACAGCUGGACUUUAUUGAACUAAUUAUGUGACUUCUGAAGGUAAUUGGUUGCACCAGAUCUUAUUUAGGGGCUUCAUAGCAAAGGGGGUGAAUACCUAUGCACGCACCACUUUUCCGUUAUUUAUUUAGUUAUUUUUUUCAUUUCACUUCACCAAUUUGGACUAUUUUGUGUAUGUCCAUUACAUGAAAUCCAAAUAAAAAUCAAUUUUAAAUUACAGGUUGUAAUGCAACAAAAUAGGAAAAACACCAAGGGGGAUGAAUACUUUUGCAAGGCACUGUACCUAGCCAAAGCCAUCUACUACAGCCAUCUUUACCUCUGCACUGUUUUGAGAAAAAUGUGCGCUAAUCCCUGCAGUUGCGUCAAUGCGCUCCCCAUAAAGGCAUCCAGCCAUACAAACAGCCUUCCCUCCCACUCCCAGGCGUCCGCAUGGUCCUAAAGUCAGCUAAACUGCAUUUGCCCUUUAAUUGGGAUUGGAAUGAUUUUAGUAGCCUAUUUUAAACUGUGUGUUAUACAUUUUAUCCGGUUUGUAAAGAUGCAAAACGAUGCUGAAAGCCACCAUCUCUGCUGAAAUCAACUACCAAAUUAUUGGUAAGUGUGGACAUCUAAAGUGAAUGUAUAUUCGAGACAAAGGGAUGGAAACCGACUUUGAGAUCCAUGCUAGACUAGCAAACUCAAGAAUGUGUAGCUGCAUUGCAACAGCAUGAUAGUUGUUCACUGCGGUUGCUAGUCAACGGAACACAACGUGCUACUACUGCUGCAAAGCAAGUGCAGCAGACAGAGUAGAGGAGAAAAUCAGCAUGGCUUAUUUUUGCUAUUUGAACUGUUAUAACGGUGACCGUGGAAAUUUGCCUGACAAAUAACUGUUACCCAAAAUUCCAUAACCGUCACAGCGCCCCCUUGAACAUUGUAAGCCAGCAUUAGGGGCUUAAUAUACCACUUAAUGAUAAAGUUAUGGUCAAUUGAAAAUUACAAAAUGGCAAUUUGAGGGCACAUUUUGACCACUAUUCAGCAUACAUUUUAAAGGAUACAUACAGUGCCUUCGGAAAGUAUUUAGACCCAUUGACUUUUUCCACAUUUUGUUACGUUACAGACUGUAGUGGAGGCUGCUAUAGCAGCAAAGGGUGGACUAACUCCAUAUUAAUGGCCAUGAUUUUGGAAUGAGAUGUUUGAGGAGCAGGUGUCCACAUACUUUUGGCCAUGUAGUGUAUAAGCCUUCCACAACCAUAAGACCCACUAAUAAUUAUAUUAUUUUAUCAAAUUAGGUUAACCUGCUUUUUUUGUUGUUGCAAUAAUCACUAAUCUGGCUUUAAAGUCUGUCUAUGAAAAUGCCCUUUUUGUUACAAAUUUAACCAGAACCAUGCAUAAUGCACAUUCACUAAUAAUGACUAACUUCUUGUAGCAGGCAUUAUAGAACAUUUACACAGGUCUCAUACACAAUCACACAAGCCUACAUGCUAGCUAAUCUUUACAUUUCAAGUUUAACCAACUUGGAUAUAUUUGCAAGCUAACAAGGCAGAACAGUUGAAUUGUUAUGAACACACCCUUCUGUCCAUCUCCAACUGUUUGAACACCAUGCUAGCCUGUACACUUUGUUCAGAUGUUGAAAUCAAGUUACCUACCUUAUAUAACAUUUACAUUUUAGUCAUUUAGCAGAUGCUCUUAUCCAGAGCGACUUAGUGAGUGCAUAAUUUUUUUUUUCUUUCAUACUGGUCCCCACAACCCUGGCGUUGCAAACGCCAUGCUCUACCAACUGAGCUACACGGGACCUAUGAUUAUAUAAUACCUUUAUAUAAUUGUGUUUUAUGCUUAUUGUACAUUUAUAAAACAUUUGGCAAAAAUGCUGCUAGCGGUACAUGGUACCGAAAUGUCGUGCCAACAAACUGAGCAUUAAUUUUCCAGAAUCAAUGUUCACUGAUACUCCUGUGUUAGUAGUGUCUGCUCUGCGCACAAUUUGAGGAGUUGAGACAUAAAAAGGGUCUUGUUAGAAAGGUUAACUUCUCUCCUCUAUUACAGUAAAAUAAUGUCUCUGUGUUUUGGUGGCCAUAUAACCGAUUCUGUUGGAACAAACCUCAAAUGCAAAUAGCGAGUUGAAAUCGCUUGUCAGAAAGGAAGAAGUGAUCUUUCAUCAUUGUGUGUGUAAACAGAGAGGAAGAGGCAAAGCGAGAGGUUUCACUCUCGCCAAAAAUAAGCCCAAUGUGUUUCUAUGUGCUUAUUUUGUACCUAAGCUUGUCGCCUGCCUCCCCGCCUUUGGGACAACGACUCCCAUUGUUAGGGCGGAGACAUGAGAAUCUCAUCAUUAUAUACAGGUCUCUGGUGUAAAUGGGAAGAUUCACACAAAUGGAGCGAUUUCGGUGAGAACAGAAAUUGUAUUUGAAUUUUACAAUUUUGAAUUUGUAUUAGGAUAUUACAUUUAAAUUGUAUUAUUUUGAAUGUUUUAAUGCACAAAUUAAAUAAUUGAAUUCAUGAACUUGUAUUUCAUGAUUUGAAACUGAAUUUAAUGAAUAUUGCAUUGUUUUUUUAUUAAGAUAUCAAUUUAAUUGAAUAUUCAAAUUCAAUAUUUAUAUGUUGAGUUUCAAUAUGGUAGAUAUUGCAUUCAUUGUCUGUGUAUUUUAAAAAUUUUUACUACAGGGGAGUUUAACUUGAAAUGGUUUGUAAUCAACGUUGUAUCUGGUUCAGUUCUCUAAAUUCCGAUUCAAAACCAGAUACAACAUCCUGAUACUUUGCCAUCCAGGAAAGGUAGAGGGGAAAUUAUAUAAUCAAAUGCUCUCUGUGGUAAACAGAAGCUUCUGGCGGUUUCUGAAGCCAAUGUGGCAUGUUGAAGUUAUUUUCUUCUUAUGAAUUUGGCUGUAGCGUUUUAACCGCUUUGGAUAUAAGCUAUUAUGACCCCCCCCCCCCCCCCCCCCCCCUUAUUUAUUUAUUUUUUAACCCUGUGUUAGGUGCGAUUAGGGCUGUGGCGGUCAUUACAUUUUGUCAUCCGGUGAUUGUCAAGCAAAUAACUGCCGGUCUCACGGUAAAUUAACAUAAACACAUUUAGCAUCUCCUGUCUUCACUGCAUAGGCUUCAAGCCACUGAUGCAGACCUUUGGAACAUCUACAUUUAAAAAAGUCAAAUAAAUCCAUUUAAUAUAGCCUACACCAUAAAUAAAUCCAUUAUUUUAUUUUAGACAGGUCUAAAGAAACAUGAUAUGAAGAAAAUGUAGUCUAUUUCAGAAGAACAGAAUAGCAUUCUCUAAGUUGUCCUUAUGUUAGGCCCUGAUCUGGCUAUAUAGCUGUGGGCUACAGUAGUUCAUUUAGCAGACAAGAUUUGCUUAGAAUUCCGUGGCAUUAUUUCAUAAUAUGAAGAAUACAAUUGAACAUAGCUGAGUGAAAUAGAAAGCAUAUUUUCUCCAAAUGAUUUCUGAGGGAGUGCCACAUGCGGCUAUUCUGUGUUGAGCGGUUAACAAAGAAACAGGUCCUCCUACAGUGAGGGGAAAAAAGUAUUUGAUCCCCUGCUGAUUUUGUACGUUUGCCCACUGACAAAGACAUGAUCAGUCUAUAAUUUUAAUAGUAGGUUUAUUUGAACAGUGCGAGACAGAAUAACAACAAAAUCCAGAAAAACGCAUGUCAAAAAUGUUAUAAAUUGAUUUGCAUUUUAAUGAGGGAAAUAAGUAUUUGACCCCUCUGCAAAACAUGACUUAGUACUUGGUGGCAAAACCCUUGUUGGCAAUCACAGAGGUCAGACGUUUCUUGUAGUUGGCCACCAGGUUUGCACACAUCUCAGGAGGGAUUUUGUUCCACUCCUCUUUGCAGAUCGUCUCCGAGGCUGACGUUUGGCAACUCGAACCUUCAGCUCCCUCCACAGAUUUUCUAUGGGAGUAAGGUCUGGAGACUGGCUAGGCCACUCCAGGACCUUAAUGUGCUUCUUCUUGAGCCACUCCUUUGUUGCCUUGGCCGUGUGUUUUGGGUCAUUGUCAUGCUGGAAUACCCAUCCACGACCCAUUUUCAAUGCCCUGGCUGAGGGAAGGAGGUUCUCACCCAAGAUUUGACGGUACAUGGCCCCGUCCAUCGUCCCUUUGAUGCGGUGAAGUUGUCCUGUCCCCUUAGCAGAAAAACACCCCCAAAGCAUAAUGUUUCCACCUCCAUGUUUGACGGUGGGGAUGGUGUUCUUGGGGUCAUAGGCAGCAUUCCUCCUCCUCCAAACACAGCGAGUUGAGUUGAUACCAAAGAGCUCAAUUUUGGUCUCAUCUGACCACAACACUUUCACCCAGUUCUCCUCUGAAUCAUUCAGAUUUGAAAAAAGUUGUACGAAAGGCAUGAGCUCUGCUUUGUUUCUUGUGCAAGCUGUACACACUUCAUCAGUCUCUCAUUCACAAUUUGACAAGCACAUGAUAAUAUUCUCACUAGGCCUCGAAUUUCCCAGCAGCAUCCCCCUUCAGUGGCCGUAAUGCCCCUAAUCAAAUCCAUGCCUUUUGCGGCCAAAGUGGCCGUUGUGCCUGUGGGCUGAAUAUAAUAAUUAUAAUUCACUUUUCCCGGCUGCCAAUCGGCCAAAGGUCGCUGGUUCUAAUCCCCGAGCCGACUAGGUGAAAAAUCUGUCUGUGCCCUUGAGCAAGGCACUUAACCCUAAUUGCUCCUGUAAGUCGCUCUGGAUAAGAGCGUUUGCUAAAUGACUCAAAUGUAAAUGUAAAUUAUAGGGACAAUAAAGUGCUGAGUCAGUUUGGUAGGCUACCAUCAGCAGCAUCAGAGCUUCGAGAAGCCUAGUUACCAUGACUAAACGGUCAGGUGAAAUUUGACUGCGGUCAUGACUCGUGACUGCCGGUGUGGCGGUAAUAAGGUCACCAUAACAGCCCUAGGUGUGAUUGAAUAAUGAAUGACACGCACGAGGACGUGUCCCAAAGUGAGAUGUCUCCCUCAUCUCCUUCAGAGAACUGGGGUUACAUACUGUAAUCCAUAGUUACAUAUCUCACUGCUGGACAUAAUGCUGGACAUGAUGCAUUCCUAUGGGAUUUUACCUAGAGUGAUGUGUAAAGGGCAGUUUUCCCGUCACAUUUCUUAAAAAUUAAAACAGUAUGUAAAAUCAUAUUAUGUAUCAUUGUAAUCAUCAGACUUCAGGAAACACUUACAGCUGAAGUUGGACACUUAGGUUGGAGUCAUUAAAAGUCAUUUUUCAACCACUCCACAAAUUUCUUGUUAACAAACUAUAGUUUUGGCAAGUCAGUUAGGACAUCUACUUUGUGCAUGACACAAGUAAUUUUUCCAACAAUUGUUUACAGACAGAUUAUUUCACUUAUAAUUCACUGUAUCACAAUUCCAGUGGGUUGAAGUUUACAUACACUAAGUUGACUGUGCCUUUAAACAGCUUGGAAAAUUCCCGAAAAUGAUGUCAUGGCUUUAGAAGCUUCUGAUAGGCUAAUUGACAUCAUUUGAGUCAAUUGGAGGUGUACCUGUGGAUGUAUUUCAAGGCCUACCUUCAAACUCAGUGCCUCUUUGCUUGACAUCAUGGGAAAAUCAAAAGAAAUUAGCCAAGACCUCAGAAAAAAAUAUGUAGACCUCCACAAGUCUGGUUCAUCCUUGGGAGCAAUUUCCAAACGCCUGAAGGUACCACGUACAUCUGUACAAACAAUAGUACGCAAGUAUAAACACCAUGGGACCACGCAGCUGUCAUACCGCUCAGGAAGGAGACGCGUUCUGUCUCCUAGAGGUUAACAUACUUUGGUGCGAGAAGUGCAAAUCAAUCCCAGAACAACAGCAAAGGACCUUGUAAAGAUGCUGGAGGAAACAGGUACAAAAGUAUCUAUAUCCACAGUAAAACAAGUCCUAUAUCGACAUAACCUGAAAGGCCGCUCAGCAAGGAAGAAGCCACUGCUCCAAAACCGCCAUAAAAAAGCCAGACUACGGUUUGCAACUGCACAUGGGGACAAAGAUUGUACUUUUUGGAGAAAUGUCCUCUGGUCUGAUGAAACAAAUAUAGAACUGUUUGGCCAUAAUGACCAUCGUUAUGUUUGGAGGAAAAGGGGGGUUUCUUGGAAGCCGAAGAACACCAUCUCAAACGUGAAGCACGGGGGUGGCAGCAUCAUGCUGUGGGGGUGCUUUGUUGCAGGAGGGACUGGUGCAUUUCACAAAAUAGAUGGCAUCAUGAGGAAGGACAAUUAUGUGGAUAUAUUGAAGCAACAUCUCAAGACAUCAGUCAGGAAGUUAAAGCUUGGUCGCAAAUGGGUCUUCCAAAUGGACAAUGACCCCAAGCAUACUUCCAAAGUUGUUGCAAAAUGGCUUAAGGACAUCAAAGUCAAGGUAUUGGAGUGUCCAUCACAAAUACCUGACCUCAAUCCUAUAGAAAAUGUGUGGGCAGAACUGAAAAAGCGUGUGCGAGCAAGGAGGCCUACAAACCUGACUCAGUUACACCAACUCUGUCAGGAGGAAUGGGCCAAAAUUCACCCAACUUAUUGUGUGAAGCUUGUGGAAGGCUACCCGAAACAUUUGACCCAAGUUAAACAAUUUAAAGGCAAUGCUACCAAAUACUAAUUGAGUGUAUGUAAACUUCUGACCCACUGGGAAUGUGAUGAAAUAAAUAAAAGCUGAAAUAAAUCAUUCUCUCUAAUAUUAUUCUGACAUUUCACAUUCUUCAAAUAAAGUGGUGAUCCUAACUGACCUAAAACAGGGAAUAUUUACUAGGAUUAAAUGUCAGGAAUUGUAAAAAAUGAAUUUAAAUGUAUUUAGCUAAGGUGUAUGUAAACUUCUGACUUCAACUGUAUAUAAAUUUUUUAGACUGUUUACAUAUAUAAUAUUGGAACUAGGCAUGAUUUUCUUUUUAAAUAAACAGUAAUUUGUGGUACUUUUUUUGCAGCUUUCCUAUUUCAAUGUAAAUUUUUUACUGGAAUUUUAAGGAUACAUAUAUUGCACAUUUUAAGCCAUCAUCGGGCUGUAAGUACCUAUUAUUUAUGGAGAGAUGGCCAUAUAGAUGGGUUAGCUGACAACGUCACGAAAACAAUGCCCACGCUUCAAUGGGGCAGAAGUCCGUGAGUAGUUGUGAUUCUGAAUGGCUAGCAACAAUGACAAGAAACUGCCAUGUGGGUAAUCGUAAGUGGCUCGUGGGGCGGUGCACAAUUGGCCAAGCGUCGUCCAGGGUAGGGGAGGGAAUGGCUGGCAGGGAUGUAGCUCAGUUGGUAGAGCAUGGCGUUUGCAACGCCAGGGUUGUGGGUUCGAUUCCCACGGGGGGGGCAGUAUGAAAACAAAACAAAAAUAAUGUAUGCACUCACUAACUGUAAGUCGCUCUGGAUGAGCGUCUGCUAAAUGACUAAAAUGUAAAUGUCACAAAGUGCUAUACAGAAACCCAGCCUAAAACCCCAAACAGCAAGCAAUGCAGAUGUAGAAGCACGGUGGCUAGGAAAAACUCCCUAGGAAGGCAGGAACCUAGAAAGAAACCUAGAGAGGAACCAGGCUCUGAGGGGUGGCCUGUCCUCUUCUGGCUGUGCCGGGUGGAGAUUAUAAGAGUACAUGGCCAUUUAAGGCCAGAUUGUUCUUCAAGAUGAUCAAACGUUCAUAGAUGACCUGGAGGGUCAAAUAAUAAUCACAGUGGUUGUAGAAGGUGCAACAAGUCAGUACCUCAGGAGUAAAUGUCAGUUGACUUUUCAUAGCCGAGCAUUCAGAGGUCGAGACAGCAGGUGCGGUAGAGAGAGAGUCGAAAACAGCAGGUCCGGGACAAGGUAGCACGUCCGGUGAACAGGUCAGGGUUCCCUAGCCGCAGGGAAUUUUUCCACAUUUUGUUGUUACAACCUGAAUUUAAAAUGGAUUCAUUUUAGAUUUUUUUUGUCACUGGCCUACACACAAUACCCCAUAAUGUCAAAGUGCAAUUCUGUUUUUCGACAUUUUUACAAAUUAAUUAGAAAUGAAUACAAUAAGUAUUCAACCCCUUUGUUAUGCCAAGGCUAAAUAAGUUCAGGAGUAAAAAUGUGCUUAAUAAGUUGCAUGGACUCACUCUGUGUGCAAUAAUAGUGUUUAACAUGAUUUUUUUAAUGACUAACUCAUCUCUGUACCCCACACAUACAAUUAUCUGUAAGGUCCCGCAGUCGAGCAGUGAAUUUCAAACACAGAUUUAACCACAAAGACCAGGGAGGUUUUCCAAUGCCUCGCAAAGAAGGGCACCUAUUGGUAGAUGGGUAAAAACAUUUUAAAAAGCACUGAAGUUAUUAAUUACACUUUUGGAUGGUGUAUCAAUACAACCAGUCACUACAAAGAUACAUGUGUUCUUCCUAACUCAGUUGCCGGAGAGGAAGCAAACCACUCUGGGAUUUCACCAUGUGGCCAAUGGUGACUUUAAAACAGUUGCAGAGUUGAAUGGCUGUGAUAGGAGAACUGAGGAUGGAUCAACAACAUUGUAGUUACUCCACAAUACUAACCUAAUUGACAGAGUGAAAGAAGGAAGCUUGUACAGAAUAAAACAUAUUCCAAAACAUGCAUCCUGUUUGCAACAAGGCACUGAAGUAAUACUGCAAAGAAUGUAGCAAAGCAAUUCACUUUUUGUCCUGAAUACAAAGUGUUAUGUUUGGGGCAAAUCCAAUACAACACAUUACUGAGUACCACUCUCCAUAUUUUCAAGCAUAGUGGUGGCUGCAUCAUGUUAUGGGAAUGCUUAUAAUUGUUAAGGACUGGGGAGUUUUUCAGGAUAAAAAAAACCUAAUGGAGCUAAGCACAGGCAAAAUCCUAGAGGAAAACCUGGUUCAGUCUGCUUUCCAUCCGACACUGGGAGAUGAAUUCACCUUUCAGCACGACAAUAACCUAAAACACAAGGCCAAAUCUACACUGGAGUUGCUUACCAAGAAGACAGUAAAUUCUUACCAAGAAGAGUUAAUUUAUGGCAAGACCUGAAAAUGGUUGUCUAGCCAUGAUCAACAACCAAUUUGACAGAGCUUGAAGAAUUCUGAAAAUAGUAAUUGUCAAAUGUUUCACAAUUCAGGUGUGGAAAGCUCUUAGAGACUUACCCAGAAAGACUCACAGCUGUAAUCGCUACAAAAUGUGCUUCUACAAAGUAUUGACAUGGGUGUGAAUAUUUGUGUAUAUUAGAUAUGUCAGUAUUUCAUUUUCAAUAAAUUAGCAACAAUUUCUAAAAACAUGUUUUCACUUUGUCAUUAUGGGGUAUUGUGUGUAGAUGGGUGAGAGAGGGAAAAAAAUCUAGUUAAUACAUUUUGAAUUCAGGCUGUAACACAAGAAAUGUGUAGUAAGGGGACCUCCCGAGUGGCGCAGCGGUCUAAGGCACUGCAUCGCAGCGCUAGAGGCGUCACUACAGACCCGGGUUCGAUCCCGGGAGUCCCAUAGGGCGGCGCACAAUUGGCCCAGCGUCGUCCAGGUUUGGCCAGGGGGCCUUUACUUGGCUCAUCGCGCUCUUACAUGUUGUCAACAUUCUAAGCCAACCGCGUCUGUUUUGCCCCAUAGUUGCGCACGCAUUGGUUUUGUUGCUAAACAAUCAACCUGUCAAUGGAGCUGGUUUGCGGCCAUAUUUGAAAUUGAUCAAAUCUGUGAUUGGACUAUAGCCAAAAAUACUUUAGACAUGCCCUAGCUGUGUGUGAAAUGUGGUGCCUCUAUCACAAAAGCUACAAUUGUUUCGCUUAGCUCAGGGAUUGACAUUAAGGUCUGAAAGGCACUUGGCCUUUGGGCAAGUCAGGAGUACUUUUUGGUUGCCUGAAGAUUAUGAUAACUUGCCCAGAAAAUGUAGCUGUUUACACACAAAUGCCAUAACCUGUCUGUCUUUUACUUAAACAUACAGGAUUUGUUGUGCAAUUUGGUUGUUUUCAGUAAAAAACGUGAAUGAUAAUAAUAAUUGCCCCAUGGGGCAACCACAAAGCAGGCUCAACUUGCCCGACUACUCAUCCAAUUUGAAUUUAACCUUUACGAUACCUCUUUUUUUUGUCCUUGCAGAGGUGUGAGUAGUGUGGUGCGCAGAUGUGUGCACAAGCACACAGGGCAGGAGUUGGCAGUGAAGAUUAUAGAGAUCACAGCUGAGAAGAUGACGGCACAGCAGCUGGAAGAGGUGAAGAGCUCCACACUGAAGGAGAUCCAGGUCCUCAAUAUGGUCAAAGGACACUCCUCUAUCAGUGAGUUUGUACUACCUUCACCAAUGCACCGAAGGGCAUUUUUAAAAUAGCUUACUCAUGUCUCUUGAAAUGCAAUAUGCUAAUGAUAAACUCUUUCUUCAUCUUUCUCCAAGUCACUCUCAUUGAUUCCUAUGAGUCAACAACCUUCAUAUUUUUGGUAUUUGACCUGUAAGUAUGCAUUUAUAAAGCCUAAUUAAUUAUUACAUGUGUAGCUGUGUUUUUUUGUGAUGCGUUUUAAUGAUCCUGUCUUUUCAUAGUGUUCACCUACUCAAGUGUUUUCUAUCAUUAUGGUUCCUUUUGCAGCAUGAGGAGUGGAGAGCUUUUCGACUACCUGACAGAGAAGGUCACUCUCAGUGAGAAGGAAACUAGGUGAGUGUCUAGGUUUUGGUCAGUUAUAACCCAAGCCAAAAAUGCACUCCAGAUCUUCUCAAUUGUCUCUCUCUCCCUCUCUCUCUCAUCAGGUGUAUGAUGCGAUGUCUCCUGGAAGCUGUCCAAUACCUCCAUUCCCUCAACAUAGUUCACCGGGACCUGAAACCUGAAAACAUUCUGCUGGAUGACCAGGGACACAUCAAACUCUCUGACUUUGGCUUCUCUGUCCAGCUUCAGCCAGGCAAGAAUCUGAGAGGUGAGAGAGUAGAUUGAAAUGAACUCGCUGUAUUUUGGAUUUACACUCUCAUCAACAAAAUAAAAAGUUGAAGACAUAAUCCAUUAAUUGCCCACAUAGCUCAAAUGUGGAAUUGCUUUGUUCUCUCCAAACGGCUAGAGCUUUGUGGGACGCCAGGUUAUUUGGCACCUGAAAUCCUGAAAUGCUCCAUGGAUGAGACGCAUCAGGGAUAUGGGAAGGAAGUUGACCUGUAAGUCUUAAAAUGAUCACUAUCAGUAAUCAGAUAGUCCUAAUAACAUUUUGUUAUUUGUAAUAUAAGGGCACCAAACUAUUUUAUGAAUCAGUGAAGAUUCUGUUCCAGAAACUGUAUCUGGUUUUCUGUGUGUUAGUUGGGCGUGUGGGGUGAUUCUGUUUACCCUGCUGGCUGGCUCUCCACCCUUCUGGCACCGCAAACAGCUGCUGAUGCUCAGAAUGAUCAUGGAGGGCCGCUACCAGUUCAGCUCCCCAGAGUGGGAUGACAGGUCUGACACCGUCAAAGAUCUGGUGAGACGUCAUCCUGUCUCUAGUUCCUAUCUAUGAUUCAAGGACUGAUUUGUAUAUUUCAAGGUCAAGUUAUACUAUAUGUCAUUUAAAGAAUAUGUUGAAUAUGAACAUCGAUACACUUUCUCUGACUGGCAUUGUUUUAUGACUUCUCUCUUUCACAACUGUUAGAUUACCAGGUUGCUGGUGGUGGACCCAAUUGUCCGUCUCACCGCUGAACAAGCCUUGGCUCAUUCCUUCUUUAGGCAGUACCAAAGGGACGAGGUGCGUCACUUCAGUCCCCGGAAGACAUUCAGGGUAAGUUUCUAUGUAUUUUGUGUUAUUUGGCUCCAGUGACUGUAAAAUGAACAGCUGAGCCAGAAUUAGAUUUCCAUUGCAUCCAAUUGGAUUUGUGCUUUGACUGGAAGAUGGGGAUCUUCUGGGAGGUUGUGAAGCAUUAACGUGUGUGUGUUUUAAUGCACGUCCCUUUCACUGUUCCUGUAGGUACUGAUCCUGAGUGUGCUGGCCUGUAUCCGUAUGUACUGUCGCUACCGCAGGGCCAGGCCACUGACGCGGGAGGUCCUGGCCAGAGACCCCUACUCCCUGAAGGGAGUGCGCAAACUUAUCGACGGCUGCGCCUUCAGGAUCUAUGGACACUGGGUUAAGAAAGGGGAGCAGCAAAACAGGGCUGCCCUCUUCCAGAAUACGGCUAAAAUAUUGCUUCUUGGUUUAGAGGACUUUGAAACUUAA